AUGGCCCGCUCUUGCGCAGUGGUGGGAGUGUUGCUGGCGGCGGCGGCCGCAGGGAGCUGCUUCCUUAGCGGAGUGCCUACUCAGCCGCCCCGCGCAAACACAGCCCCUCACCACAUCGAGGCGUUGAAGUCGGCACCGGUGCAGAGCAGCGAGAGCAGCUGGUCCUGGGCCGCACCUCUCUUGAGCUUUGGCGCCGCUCUUGGCUUGGUCUUCGGCCUUGUGGCCGCCCAGCCUGCCAAGGCCAUCACGGCUGAGCAGUUCAGCCAGCUCACCUACAAUCAGGUCAGGGGCUCCGGCUUGGCGAACCGCUGCCCCACCGUGGAGUCCAACGGCAGUGAGGUGCCAGUGAAGAGCGGCUCCCGCCUCAUCAACGUGUGCUUCGAGCCCAAGUCCUUUGCGGUGGAGUUCGAGACUGACAAGGGCAAGGAGUUCGCCACCACCAAGCUGACCACUCGCCAGACCUACAGCCUGGCUUUCGUUGAGGGCAGCCUGGAUCCCAACCCCAUCACCUUCAAGGAGCAGGAUGGCAUGGACUUCGCAGCCACGACUGUGAAGCUGCCGGAUGGCCAGUACGUGCCUUUCCUGUUCACCGUCAAGGAGCUGGUGGCCAAGGGUGAGGGCAGCUCCUUCAAGCCUGGCUUCACUUGGGGUGGCGAGUUCAGCGUGCCUUCCUACCGGACUGGUGGUUUCCUGGACCCUAAGGCCCGCGGCAUGUACUUGGGCUACGAUCAGGCGGUGGCCCUGCCUGCCAUGCAGGCUGAUGGCAAGGGCGGUCAGGAGGACCUCUUCAAGGAGACCAACAAGGUCUUUGACCUUGGCAAGGGUGCCAUCGAGAUGGAGGUGAACAAGGUGAACCAGGAGCUCGGCGAGAUCGGUGGCGUCUUCGUCUCCAAGCAGCCUUCCGACACCGACAUGGGUGCCAAGGCUCCAAGGACCAUUCUGCUGAAGGGCAUUUUCUACGGAAAGGCGUUGAAGUCGGCACCGGUGCAGAGCAGCGAGAGCAGCUGGUCCUGGGCCGCACCUCUCUUGAGCUUUGGCGCCGCUCUUGGCUUGGUCUUCGGCCUUGUGGCCGCCCAGCCUGCCAAGGCCAUCACGGCUGAGCAGUUCAGCCAGCUCACCUACAAUCAGGUCAGGGGCUCCGGCUUGGCGAACCGCUGCCCCACCGUGGAGUCCAACGGCAGUGAGGUGCCAGUGAAGAGCGGCUCCCGCCUCAUCAACGUGUGCUUCGAGCCCAAGUCCUUUGCGGUGGAGUUCGAGACUGACAAGGGCAAGGAGUUCGCCACCACCAAGCUGACCACUCGCCAGACCUACAGCCUGGCUUUCGUUGAGGGCAGCCUGGAUCCCAACCCCAUCACCUUCAAGGAGCAGGAUGGCAUGGACUUCGCAGCCACGACUGUGAAGCUGCCGGAUGGCCAGUACGUGCCUUUCCUGUUCACCGUCAAGGAGCUGGUGGCCAAGGGUGAGGGCAGCUCCUUCAAGCCUGGCUUCACUUGGGGUGGCGAGUUCAGCGUGCCUUCCUACCGGACUGGUGGUUUCCUGGACCCUAAGGCCCGCGGCAUGUACUUGGGCUACGAUCAGGCGGUGGCCCUGCCUGCCAUGCAGGCUGAUGGCAAGGGCGGUCAGGAGGACCUCUUCAAGGAGACCAACAAGGUCUUUGACCUUGGCAAGGGUGCCAUCGAGAUGGAGGUGAACAAGGUGAACCAGGAGCUCGGCGAGAUCGGUGGCGUCUUCGUCUCCAAGCAGCCUUCCGACACCGACAUGGGUGCCAAGGCUCCAAGGACCAUUCUGCUGAAGGGCAUUUUCUACGGAAAGGUUGUGAACGCCUGA